UAAACAGUGUAACACUACUAGUUUACAGGAACUGAGUAGGUUAAUCUGGUAAACUGAUUAAGUCAGGCAUCGGAUCCAAUAAUAACUCAGUUUGGCUCUCUGUAAAGCAUUAUUGCUGUAAACUGACUUCUUGGAUCUGCCUUGAAAUGAAAGCGGGUGUGCUCCACUGUCGAUGUGCCAAAUGUUUCUCUCUGCCAGUACGGAAGCGGGUUCGAAAGCGUCCAUCUGCCGUGACGCUGCUGUCUCUUCCUGAAGAACUGCUGCUAUGUGUCCUCCAAUGCCUCUCCGCUGAAGAUCUGCUCGCCAUCAGAGCGGUACAUUCUCAUCUUCGUGGUAUUAUUGAUAGUAAUUCGAGUGUCUGGGCUCGAGUUAGCUUCAAGGACCGCUGGCCGGCCCCACGUACUGUAUGGCUGUUUGAAAGAGCUGCGGAAAAAGGAAACUUCGAAGCCGCUGUGAAACUAGGAAUUGCGUAUUUGUACAAUGAAGGACCUUCGCUCAGUGAGGAGGGGCGAGCUGACCUGUGCGGCCGGAUGGCAUCUCGAUACUUCAGUCUGGCUGAGAGUCUCAGGUCACCGAUGGCCGGCCCCUUCAUCUGGCUGUUCAUCCGCCCACCGUGGUCCAUGUCCGGCGGCUGCUGUAAGGCCGUUGUGUACGACCACCUCAAAGCGGAAUGUGACACCAACCUGGGGCGGAAAGGGAUGUUACUACAUUGUCUGGCUAGAGUCCUUCAGCUGUUUGAUGAUGAAGAGAAGCGGGCUGAAGCUGUGGCCAUGUUGGAGGAGUCCGCCGUUUGUGGUAAUGUUCAGAGUUCUUAUCUGCUGUGGGAGCUGAACUGCGGCGCGUCGACGGCUGAUCCCGGCAGGUAUCUUCAGUGUGUGCGUACACUCAGGGACUAUGCUGCCAAAGGAUGCUGGGAAGCUCAGCUGUCAUUUGCGAAAUCUUGUGGCACGUCAAAUCCUCUGGGUCUGAAACCACGGGCCUGCGCUGAACUUGUGUCACAAUUCUUCCUCUCCGGCCCGAAACCAAUGCGACGACCGCAAGAACUGCAGGGACAGGACAUCACCACUAAGAGGUACAUUCUAGUGGACUGGUUGGUAGAGGUGACCACCAUGAAAGACUUCUCCAGUCAAGUUCUGCAUGUAACCAUUGGAUGUGUGGACCGUUAUUUGGGGCUCAGAUCGGUACCCAAAGCUCAACUACAGCUCCUGGGCAUUGCCUGCAUGGUCAUCAGCACACGAUAUAUCAGUAAAGAGAUUCUGACCAUCCGUGAGGCUGUGUGGCUCACAGACAACACCUAUCAGUAUGAAGACCUGGUGCGAAUGAUGGGGGAGGUCAUCUCGGUGUUAGAUGGAAAGAUACGGACCCCUACAGUGUUGGAUUAUGGUGAAGUGUUGUUGUCUCUUUUGCCCAUGGAGCGGCGCAGUGCUCACCUCUUCAGCUACAUCUCUGAACUCUCCCUCCUUUGCUCACCUCUGACUGUACCUGGCCCGGCCCAACUUGCCAGCGCCAUCCUGCUUCUCACCAGAGCAUUGCAUAACUAUGUUCCCAUUUGGCCGACCCAGCUGGAAGAAAACACUGGUUUCUCCAAGCUGCAUCUGGUGUCCUGUGCAUUAUCACUCUACAUCAAGUGUUUUGGUCAAGAUGUGCCCAAAGACUUCAGACACGUGUCUUUAACUGGAGUCAAACAGAGGUUUGAAGAUGACGCGUACCAGCAGAUUAGCAAAGAUACAGUUAUGUGUUUUAAGGAGCUCUGUCAAGUGUUUGAGGUCCCAGAGGUGGAGCCGCAAGUGGAGGCGUCCAACGCUAGCGGGCAGCUGACAGAAAUUCACACGUUCCUCUCAUCACCCGCCAGCAACAGUAAGAGGAGGCGAGAGGACAGCAUGCAGCUGCACAGAGGCAGCUUCCUGGCCACGCCCACUGCUGAGCUGUCCACUCAAGAAGAGAUGCUGCUGGGAGACAUCCAAGACUGGAGCCUGGACACUUCCUGUUCUGGAUACGAGGGUGACCAGGAGAGCGAGGGAGAGAAGGACGGAGAAAUAUCGGCCAUGGAUGUGCAGAUGGAGCUGCCCAUUGAGUCUGGUGAUUGGCAGAUGCAUUGUUGCGCGUUCUCCAGUGACGACGACAGCCUUUGUGAGGAAAACAACAACAACAAUAAUGAAGAUGCAACAGGCGGGAGCAGCAGUCGCAGCAGACCCUGGCUACGCCACCUGUCCUCUUCCUCCUCCACUUCCUCAUGCCUGUUCUGCACGGACCGCCACAGCUCUGGUUACUCCUCCAUCCAAAGCGUGCCCAGUCCGUCCGUUUCUUCAUCCGUGGUUCCUUGCGUCUUCUCUGCCCCUGGCCUACCCCAGAAUUCCGCUUCUGAUUUCCCCCAGAAUUCCGCCUCUGGUUUCCGACUGCUGCUGCCACCCAUGCAAAGAACUCGUCAUCAAGUAAAGAGGAAAAACACAGCUGCACACAGCGAGGGAGAAGCGGAAGGUGGCCAGGAGAAUGAAGACGAUGGUGCCAACAUGGCGUUCCUGAGCUUGUGAGCGGAGGUGGCAAGCAGGCUUUGGCGGAAAGCUGUUGUCCCUUUACACAUCACUUCCUGGCCUCCCAUCCAGAAGCACUUUCAUUCAUGGGUGCUGAUAGUCUUUAUCUCAGAGGGUUCACACACCAGCUUUCAAAACGUCCCUUUUGUGGAAGGUUGUGGAAAAACAACGGUCAUGUUUUUUGUCCAGUAAUGCAUUUCACUUGGAGCCCAAGGUGGGGGCGGGGGCACACUUUCCUUGAACAUUGCUGACGGCAAGCAACAUGAUUAAUGCCUGCCAAUUCAAAGUGUUCAAAUCACUGGAACUGUCACUGCUUUUGAUGUCUUGUUAAUGUGCUAAAUAUUUCAGAAUUUUUAAAUACUUCUGAAUUAUUAAAUCCAGACUGUUUACAACAAUCUCACAGCCCAAGGACUAUUUCAUACUUUGAAUGCAGAUUUUCCUUCGUGAAAAUGUUCUCCGAGUUACAUGCAGCUAAACGAACUUUAUUUCAAACUAUGAAGUUUCAUGUCAUUACAUGCACUGUCCGUACAAAACUGGUUUGUUUACACGUCAUUUCAGGGCACAGAUAUGUUUUUUCUUCAUGUAUCUUGAUUAUUUAUCGCAAAGUGGAUUAAAGUACUCCAGUGUUUUUGUAUUGUGUUGUGUUAUCUACAUCUUUUGUCGUGCUUAUGCCAAAGUUUUUUCCAAAGCUAGCAUAUUUAGCAUCUGUUGCAACAGUCCCGAAUCUAUUAUUGUAUGAGCGAUUGUAUGAAACGUUUUGCCAGCAUUUUAGCAAAUAGAUGGACGUUUUGCGAAAAUGCCAGUGAAACGUUUAUGAAUUUGUUUCUAGUUUUUACUAGCAUAGCUAGCAUCUGCCACAACAGUCCCGAAUUCAUUAUCAUACUAGCAAUUUCAAAAACGUUUUAGCAAAUAGAUGGACGUUUUGCGAAAAUGCAGGGUAAAAGUUUACGAAUUUGUUUCUAGUUUUUACUAGCAUAGCUAACAUCUGCCGCAACAGUCCCGAAUUCAUUAUAGUACUAGCAAUUUCAAAAACGUUUUAUCAAACAGAUGGACGUUUUGCGAAAAUGCCGGCAAAACGUUUACUAAUUUGUUUCUAGUUUUUACUAGCAUAGCUAGCAUCUGCCACAACAGUCCCGAAUUCAUUAUUGUACUAGUGGUUUUGCACACCUUUUGUCAUUGUUUUUGCAAAUAGAUUGGCGUUUUUUUUUUUUUUUUUUUGCAACUACGCCGGUGAAACGUUUAUGAAAUCGGUAGUAAAAUAAUGGAUUCUUUACCAGAAGCGUUUUGCAAACAUCCUGAUUCUGAUACCACUGAUAUUUUGACCUGUGAAACUGAAAAACCUACAGUAAAUCUGUAACAAUUUUUUGUAAUCUUUUUUUAUUUUUAUUUAUUUUUUUAUUUUUUACAACGAAUCCAAUGCAACAGCCUAACAAUGUGAUUGUUUGACAUGCUUUCCGUAAUGACCUCGAGAGCACUUUAAAUGACCAAAUGCUGGAAAGUGAAACGUUGCUUUGUAACAAGACUUGAUGUUUUAUGGCGAACUUUAAUAUGCUUGAACAAUCAACCAUAUGUAUAGUUGUGUUAUACAGUAUUCAUCUGGUAUUAUUACAAUACCUGUGUUUGAGGUUAUGACACUAAAAGCAUUAAGUUAUUGUUGUUGUGCAGGUCUUGUUCAUACUGUAUGUCGAACAUCACUACGGAUUACGACUGUAAAUAAUUAUUCCUUGUUUAUAACUGUAAAUAAAUGUAUGAAGCUGUGAAAGGCUUGAACACUAUAA